AUGUCCCUCCGGCUAAACAUCCGGAUUGGAAAAGCAAUUAGAUGGAAGGCCUCCCCAAGGGAUUGGACAAAAUUAAACUUCGACGGUGCCAGUAAGGGGAAUCCAGGUGAAUCUGGUAUAGGAGCCAUAAUCCGAGAUGAGCAAGGCAAUAUCCUUCAGGGGCUGUUUGGUGGCAUAGGAGUUGCCACAAACAACGAAGUAGAAAUUUGUGCACUUGAGGCAGGACUUUGUCUUUGUAUUAGAGCACUUGAGAAUGUAAUUGAGAGUUACGAGAUUGGGCAUGUCUACAAAGAAGACAAUCAGGUGGCUAAUUACCUUGGGAACCUUGGAGUUGGAGGAAAUGACGACCUUGUCUACUUUUGCCAGGCAUCUGCUUCAGAGGAUAUCAAAGGACAAUGUAGGAAGGACUGCCAAAGAUAUCAACGAUAG